UGUGACCCUGAGCGACUGUGUCAGGCUGUAGCAGUCGUUAGUCCCAGACUUGCACACACCGGGCUCCUCACGCCGAGGCUCGGGCCCGCCAUGACCGCCUGGGCCCCCACCGUGGACGCCAAGUACGGAGUGGCUGUGUGGAAUUUUGUGGCUACAAACGAGAAUCACCUCUCUCUUCUGAUCGGAGACACAGUACACAUCCAGCACGCCUGUGAAGGUUGGUUCAGAGGCUAUUCCCUGAGAAACAAAUCAGUCAAGGGCAUAUUUCCGGCAUCAGUCAUCCAUGUCAAACAUGCAGCUGUUGAGAUCAGAGGGAACCAGGAGACCAUUGUCUCUUUGGAGAUGCCUCUGGUCCAGGAGAUUACAACCACCUUGCGGGAAUGGUUCAACAUCUGGAAACAGCUGUACGCGAGUGGACAGACUGAGAAGUUUCGGCAGGUGACCUCGAUGAUGUAUGACCUGAUGGAGAGAAGAUCUCAGCUGCUGUCGGGAACCCUGCCACACGAUGAGCUCAAAGAUCUUAAGCAGGAGGUCACCAUGAAGAUAGACUUUGGCAACAAGAUGCUGGAGCUUUGCCUUGUGGUGAGAGAUGAGAACGGAAACAUUCUGGACCCGGACAAGACCAGCGUCAUCAGCCUAUUUGAAGCUCACAGAAAAGCCACACACGACAUCACUGAACUCAUACGGGAAGAGACGUUUCAGAAUCAGAGUGAAUACAGUAGGCUUUCCCGCCUGGCCUCCGCUCCCACCCACAGCCUCUUCAUCUGGGUCCGUAACUUUGUGUGUAAGAUCGGCGAGGAGGCCGAGCUCUUCAUGGCCCUGUACGACCAACAUGAGCAGAAGAUCAUCAGUGAGAACUACCUAUUUCGUUGGGCGAGUACAGGACUGCCCAAGGAGAUUGAUAUGUUGCACAACCUCAAGGUAGUCUUCACAGAUUUAGGAAACAAGGACUUGAACCGGGAGAAGAUAUGUUUGGUGUGUCAGAUUGUCCGUGUCGGACGGAUGGACCUGAAAGAAGCCAACGUGAAGAAGUUGACUCAGGGACUGAGAAGACCUUUGGGGGUAUCAGCCAUGGACAUUACGGAUAUAUUGAAGGGCAAAGCAGAAAGUGAUGAAGACAAGCAUCAUUUCAUUCCGUUUCAACAAGUGGCGGCAGAGAACGACUUCCUGCACAGUUUAAUCCACAAAGCGAUCGCGGCGAAGGAGGUCCAUCACAAGGGACAAGGUCUUUGGGUCUCCAUGAAACUCCUGUCAGGGGAUCUGAAACAGAUCCGGAAGGACCAUCCACACUUGGUGGACAGGAACACGGUUGUGGCGAGAAAGAUGGGAUUUCCCGAGAUCAUCAUGCCAGGUGACGUGCGGAACGACAUCUACGUGACUCUGGUGCAGGGUGAGUUCGACAAACAGAACAAGACCACGCAGAAGAACGUCGAGGUGACCAUGUGCGUGUGUGACGAGUAUGGAAGUGUCAUCCCGAACGCAAUUUGUCAAGGAGCUGGGGAUAGACCUGUCACUCGGUACCAAUCGGUUGUAUAUUACCAACUGAGGCAACAGCGCUGGAUGGAGACUGUCAAGGUUGCUAUUCCCAUUGAAGAUGUCCACAAGACUCACCUCAGGUUCACUUUUAAGCACAGGUCAUCUGGUGACUCCAAAGAUAAGAGCGAGAAAAUAUUUGCCAUGGCGUACGUGAAGUUAAUGAAACUAGACGGGACCACGCUACGAGACGGGGAGCACGAUCUGAUCUUAUACAAGGGCGACAGUAGGAAGCUCGAAGAUCCUAACAUUUACCUGAACCAAAUAUGCAGUCGGCAGUCGGACCACAAGUUGAGUCUGAGCGCCUCGUUCCGAAGCAGUAGCGGAAGUCACCUUGUCUGCUCCAGGGACAGUUUCCAGAUCUCCACCCUCGUCUGCUCCACCAAACUCACCCAGAAUGUGGACCUCCUGGGGCUGCUGAAGUGGCGAUCGAACGUGGGCUUCCUGAAUGAGAACCUGCGGAAACUGAUGAAGGUGGACGGAGGCGAGAUUGUCAAGUUCCUCCAAGACACUUUGGAUGCUAUGUUCAGUAUAAUGAUGGAGUUUUCCGAUAUCGACACUUAUGAUAAAUUGGUCUUCGAUGCUCUGAUCUUUGUGAUCGGGCUGAUAGCGGACAGGAAAUUCCAGCACUUCAAUGCUGUCCUGGAAGCUUACAUCAAGCAGCAUUUCAGCGCCACCUUGGCUUAUAAGAAGCUGCUGAGUGUGCUGACCGGAUAUGUGCACACGGCGAGCCAGGGACUGGAGUGUGAACCACUGAAAAGAGUCUUCAAAGUUCUCGAAUAUGUCUUCAAGUUUAUCGUGCGUUCCAGAUGCCUCUUCUCCCAGUUGUACGAGGGGAAGGAGAAGGCUGAGUUUGAGGCUUCCCUGCAGAGACUCUUUGAGAUGUUCAAUGCUUUGAUGAAAUCACGGCUGGAAAAUAACAUGUUGGUGAUGCAGGGGGCUUCCCUGAAAUACCUGCCGAGUAUAUUACAAGACGUUAUGACUCUGUUUGAUCCUGUGAUCCUGAGCCAUUUGCUGCGUGAUUUCAUCAUGAACGUGGCCCCAGAACGUCUGGUCAAACACAAAUUACAGUCAAUGAUGGGAAUCGUCAACACGAAACUCUUUGAGAGAGAAGAGUGCCGUGCCAUCCUGCUGCCCAUGAUGACGACAAUGCUGAAGGAGUUGAUCGAGCGUAGCGAGGAGGAGCAGGACAGCAUCGAGCUGCUCAGUAACCUGUUGGAGGUUCUUUACCGGCCCAACGUGGGCAACACAUACGAGAACAUCCAGGAUAUAAUGGACAAGCUGCUUCGCACAGUCAACCGGAUGGUUAUCAUCCUCGGGAGAGACCACCAGCUAAUCAGCUCCUACGUGGCCUGUAUGACAGCCAUCCUCAGCCAGAUGGACCACUCCCAUUACAGCAACUAUAUCAACUCCUUCCAGACACGACAAGACCUCAUGGACUUCCUGAUGGAGACCUUCAUCAUGUUUAAGGAUCUGAUCGGGAAGAAUGUGUACCCUGUGGACUGGCUGGUGAUGAGCAUGGUGCAGAACAGGGUAUUCCUGCGGGCGAUCAAUCAGUAUGCAGAGACUCUGAAUAAAAUGUUCCUCAAUAGUUCAAGCUUUGAGCUUCAGCUCUGGAACAACUACUUCCACCUGGCCGUGGCCUUCCUCACACAGGACACACUUCAGCUGGAGAAUUUCUCAAAUGCCAAACGCACGGCCAUUUUGUUCAAAUACGGUGACAUCAGAGGAACAGUUGCGGCAUCAAUCCGUGACAUGUGGUACAAUCUGGGUCAGAACAAGUUCCGCUUCAUCCCGUCACUGGUGGGGCCCAUCCUGGAGAUGACACUGGUCCCUGAGACAGAGCUCCGCAAGUCCACCAUACCCAUUUUCUUUGACAUGAUGCAGUGCGAGUUCCAGUUCCAGGGAAACUUCAGAAUGUUUGAAGAUGAAAUUAUUAAACGAUUGGACCACGAAGUGGAAGGAGGUAGAGGAGAUGAACAGUACAAGAUGCUCUUUGAAAAGAUCAUCCUGGAGCACUGUAGAAAAUACACGACCCUGGCAAAGCUAGGGGAAAGCUUUGUCGCCCUGGUAACAGGCCUACUGGAGAGGCUGCUGGACUACAGAAAUGUAAUGAAUGAUGAGAAGCAGGCCUACAACAUGAGCUGCACUGUCAACUUACUGAAUUUCUACAAAGAGAUAGACCGCGAGGAGAUGUACAUUCGCUACCUCUACAAACUCCGAGACUUGCACCUGAGCUCCGAGAAUUAUACGGAAGCGGCCUACACUCUCCUCCUGCACGCCAAGUUACUGAAGUGGGCAGAUGCUCAGUUUAGCACCACCAUGCAGGACAUGCAGAACUCGCAGACACAGAGGCAUCAGAAGGAGACUCUCUACAACACUAUCAUUGACUAUUUCGACAAAGGCAAGAUGUGGGAAGAAGCCAUUCACCUCUGCAAGGAGCUGUCCGUGCAGUACGAGACAGAGAUCUUUCACUACGAGCUCCUGAGCCAGACCCUGCAACGACAAGCCAAGUUUUAUGAAAAUAUCAUGAAAGUGCUGAGGCUGACCCCCGAGUUCUUUGCUGUGGGCUACUACGGACAGGGAUUCCCAACCUUCCUCAGGAACAAGGUUUUCAUUUACCGAGGCAAAGAGUACGAGAGGCGCGAGGACUUCGAGUUGCAGCUCAUGAUGCAGUUCCCGAACGCUGAGAAAAUGAAAACAACAUCGCCUCCGGGGGUGGAUCUCAGGAGUGGCCCAGGACAAUUCAUUCAGUGCUUCACCGUCCAGCCCGUCCAGGAGGAACCGAGCAAAUUCCACAACAAAAAUGUUCCAGAACAGAUUGUCAACUUUUUCAAAGCCAACAAUGUGGUGAAGUUCAGUUACUCUCGGCCGGUGAGGAAAGGAGAGAAAGACCCAGAGAACGAGUUUGCUUCGAUGUGGAUCGAAAGGAUAACUUUUGUCACGGGGUACAAGCUGCCAGGUAUCCUGCGCUGGUUCGAGGCUGUCCACAUGUCCAUGUGUGAAAUCAGCCCCCUGGAGAAUGCCAUUGAGACGAUGCAAAAAACAAACAACAAGAUACUCGCGAUGAUAAACCAGCACCACACCGAUCCUAGCCUCUCCAUCAACCCUCUCUCCAUGCUGCUCAAUGGUAUUGUGGACCCCGCUGUGAUGGGGGGCUUUGCAAAGUACGAGACGGCGUUCUUCACCGAGGCCUACAUGAGCACACACCCAAAGGACAUGGACAACAUCACCAAGCUGAAGGAUCUGAUAGCAUGGCAGCUUCCUCUGCUGGCCGAGGGCAUCAGGAUCCAUGGAAAGAAAGUUCCGGAAACUCUCCGUCCCUUCCAUGAACGAAUGGAGGAAUGCUUCGCUCAGCUCCGGGUUAAGGUGGAAAGUCAGUACGGGGUGCGGGACUUGAUGAUUUUUGAAGAGCAACGAGGAGGGGGAGGAAGGCCUCGCUCCAUGGUCCGAUCAUUCCGCCCGCUCUCCAUCAUCUCGUCCAGCUCGCUCAGCUCCACCAGCUCUGACAAAGAGACCCCUCGAGGCACAGAGGCCAGCCUGGAGCCCCCACUGCCCAAGAAGACCUCACUGCGCUCCCAGGACAAGCUUGGGGACGGGACACCUAGAGACACCGAAGAUAAGAAGACGGCGAAGAAGAGCAACCGGACCAGCGGGCUGUUCGGCCUAAAGAAGUCAUCAGUCUCAAUCCCUUCCCCAGAGGAGCCAUCCAAGCCCUCGGCAAUUGGGAGUGAUGCUGACCUAGCGGAGGACAAUACGGAACAAUCCUCCAGGGACCAGGGCUCAGGUCAGCCAGCCACUGUGAUAAACGGGUUCGGUGGUCAGAUCCGGAGCUCCCGGCCCCCUCCUCUGCCCAAGAAGAUCAGCCCCAUCCUGUACGAGAGCUUCAGCCAGGAGCAGGCGGAUUCCUUGAGCCCGCUCGGAAGACAGGGCUCUGGGAGACGCUCAUCACUGAGCACGGUGGCCAGCCAGGGGGCCCCAGAGGCCACCAAGGGCCGGAAGUCAUCCCCUCCUCGUCCACCGCCAAAGAACAAGAGACAGACACAGCCCCCACAGAGCUGACUGCCCCCCCUCACCACCAGCAACAACACCGUGGGACAGUGAACAGGACGGCAGCCAGGCACUGGGUGUGAUGUCGCAUUGCCUGGCGAUGUGGCAUUGCC